AUGAUAGUACUCGCACAGUCAACAACUGAAUACACCGACCCUACAACGGGGAUAAUCUUUCAGCGCUUCCUGACCAGCUCAUAUGGGGGCUUCAGUUUUGGAGCCGUCUUUCCGAGCGCACCAACCAAUGAGUUUAUUGGGCAGAUUGUCGGCCCUAUCGGAGGAUGGUCCGGUGUCAGCUUUGGUGGAGGCAUGAACGGCAACCUCCUCAGCGUCGUGUGGAUGAAUGGAAAUGAAAUUGUACAGUCGUUCCGCAUGGCCUCUGGCUACCUUGAGCCCACAGUCUACUCUGGCACCGCCUCCAGCAUUCCUCUCUACACCAGUUCCAAUGCCACCCAUUUCUCCUACACUUUCCGCUGCGUCGACUGUGUGACCUGGACCGACGGUGGCUUUGACCCCACCGCCGACUUUACCGUUAUGGGAUGGGCCCAGAGCACCGCCCCUGUCGACGAUCCCACUGACCCUGCCUCUACAUUUGAGGAGCAUCAAGGGUUCGGUCAGUACGGUGUUAUCCUUACGAGCGCGAGACAGUCAGGGUAUGAGGGGUGGCUUGCAGCUGCACCGACGCCCACUGCGGUCCCAACUACUACUAUUGCAGUCAGUACUACCGCACCCACAGCGACACCCACAAGCACAACGGUGCUGGGCACGUAUGAUUAUAUUGUUGUUGGUGGUGGUGCAGCAGGGUUGGUUGUUGCGGACCGUCUGUCUGAGACCGGUAAGAGCGUGCUUCUGAUCGAGCGCGGUCCACCAAGUACCUACAAGUCCGGAGGCACCGUUGGACCCGCCUGGCUGGCAGGAAAGGGCCUGACACGUUUCGAUGUGCCGGGUCUCUGCAAUCAGAUUUGGGUAGACAGCGCUGGUAUUGCCUGUAAUGAUAUUGACCAGAUGGCUGGGUGCGUCCUCGGCGGUGGGACAGCCGUCAAUGCGGGACUGUUCUUCAAGCCCCAGGACAGAGACUGGAACGAUAACUUCCCCACUGGAUGGAAGGCCACUGAUAUGGUCUCUGCGACCAACAAAGUCUUCACACGUAUUCCCGGCACUGAUAACCCAUCUAGCAACGGCGUACGCUAUCUGCAGGCUCCUUACACCGUUCUCUCCAGCGUGCUAAAGACCGCUGGAUGGUCAGAGGUCACCGCAAACUCGGUACCUAACCAAAAGAACCGCACCUUUUCCCACUCGCCAUUCAUGUACGCCAACGGCGAGCGUGGCGGGCCCCUCGCAACAUAUCUUCAGACCGCAAAGGCCCGCUCCAACUUUGCCAUCGCCGUCAACACGACCGUCAUCAAGACGCUGCGUACCGCUGGCCAUAUCACCGGUGUGCAGGUGACGCCCUCCUCCACAACUGUCGGCGGGAAGCUCGGAGUCUAUAACGUUACCCCCACCACCGGCCGUGUGAUUCUCUCUGCCGGUGCCUUUGGGACACCUAAGAUCCUCUUCCGCUCCGGUAUCGGCCCCACAGACCAGCUGAACGUUGUAAAGUCCUCUCUGGAGGGCGCCGCAAUGCAGGCCACGAGUGAGUGGAUCCGUCUCCCAGUGGGUUAUAACGUCCUCGACCACACAAACACAGACAUGGUCUUUAGCCAUGCCAGCGUCACAAGCUAUGACUUCUACGCUGCCUACGACAACCCAAACACCACCGACAUGAACCUCUACCUGAACCAGCGCGCCGGAAUCCUCGCCACCGCCGCCCCAGGCCCAAACACCAUGCUCUGGGAGUCCUUCCUCGGCACCGACGGCAUCACCCGCCAGCUGCAGUGGACCGCCCGCAGCGAAGGCUCGCUCGGCCAGGAGGGCACCAACCUCGUCACAAUGUCGCAGUACCUCGGCACCGGCGUCACCUCGCGCGGCCGCAUGACCAUCACCAGCUCGCUCAACAUGCAGAUCAGCACCUCUCCCUUCCUUCGCGACGCGGCCGAUAUCGAUGUGGUAGUGCGCGGCGUCCAGAGCGUGCUCAACGCUGCCAGGGAUAAGGGCGGCAUCACGUUCAUCAGGCCCGCGGCGGGCGUCACGGCGCAGGAGUAUGUCAACUCGUAUGUCGACAGCAGACGCUCUAACCACUGGAUCGGGACCUGCAAGAUGGGCACCGACUCUGGGCUGGCGGGCGAUGGAACAACUGGCAGUGUUGUGGACGCUAACACGAAGGUCUACGGAACCGACAACCUGUUCGUCGUCGACGCCUCCAUCUUCCCCGGCCACGUCACCACAAACCCGUCCGCGCCCAUCAUGAUCGCGGCCGAGAAGGCCGUCGAGAAGAUCCUCGCCUUAGCCACCGGGAGCACGACCCCCGUCCCGCAGUACAGCCAGUGUGGCGGUAUCAAUUACGUGGGAUCAACCGUGUGUGCAACCGGGUAUACGUGCACUGUCCUUAAUCCGUACUACUAUCAGUGCUUGUAG